GCGUCGGAGUCGCCAUGCCAGCCGGCUGGGGGGCUGCCUUCGCCGCCGGGGCCGGUCUGUUGGGGGCGCUGGCCGCCUGCUCCGCAAAGCUGGCCCUGGGGGCGGAUUACCUGCGGGGAGCCUGCGCCGCGGUCGUCGGAGGCGAGGAGGCGGCCUCUGGUGCCUGCUCCUGGGCUUUUCUUGGCAAGUUGCUCUUUGGGGAGACUCAUGCCCUGUUGUGGUGGAUAGGAAUAUCCUUAACCCUCCUUGGGCUUUUGCUGCUCCACACGACACCACCCUUAGCAGAAGAAAAGAAGGAAAAGAAGAGAUGAAAACUC